GGUCGUCGCACUGUCCUUGCCAAUCCAAGAACCAAUAGCUUACUGUGAGGGCGGCAUAACGAUGAUUACAUCGACCAACCAGAGGAAAGGAAAGUCAUUCUCAGGAGAGAAAACCAACCAUCGUGUACAACAGUGCGAGAGAAACUGAAAUAUACCGCUCCUUAACGAAUGAAAGUGAAGCGAUUUACCCACCCCUUAUCAGUCUCUCGUACUACCAUCGUGAAUAACGGAUCAAAGUAAACCUACUUCACAUUACUAAGGCUGGAUUUUGCCUCGACAGUUUUGAUAAGCCAUAUAAGAAGUAAAGAAAAUCUGCGAAGGAAAAACGAAUUUCUUCAACCUUUCGAAGCAUUAUCGAGCGAGAGAAGAAGUAUAUUACCUGAUAUUUGCGACAUGUUUAUGUGAGGGAUAACUCAAUAUUUUUGCUUCGCCGUUGUUGCUUGGUUAAUUAAAUUUCAUCGCGGAAGGGAUUUGGUGAUUUAUUUUGACAGCGAGUGGAAAUACACUUGUACCUGAAAUUGAUUUGCUCGCAGUUGCUAGAUUCUACAAAUCUGCGCAUAGAUGAUUUCGUUGCUAGAUGAUUAACUGAACAUUAUUCCGUUGCAGUUUACCUUUUAAUUACAUAAAUAACGCACACAAGUCAGUUGAAUCAUCGAUAUAUGAUAGGCACUUACCUUAGGUUUAUCAUGCUGAUUGGUUUGAAUUGAAGUGCAAGUGCAAACAUUUGGUUUUCAAUUCUGAAGUGAGACAGAACUCUUCUAAUAUCGAUUAUUUAGUCUAAAUCAACUAAUGAGCAAAUAGUUCUUGCGGUGGAUUUUUUUUUCAUAUUCCUGUUUACACUUGUACGAUUGAAGCGCAAAUAAUCGAAUUCUUUUUAAUCAUGCGUUUCUAUAGUAGUGGUUAAACAUGGAAGCGCGUUUCUGUGAUAAACUAGCUGAAAAACUCUGUUCUUAAAUUGCAGCAAUAGGAACGACUACUAGGCCUAUCGAACAGACAGAACAAUGGAGAUCCUGGUGAAUUUCACAAUUUUGUUUUUGGGUUUGAUGUCUGUAUGCUAUGCCCAGACUACAACCAUCGAUCCUGGCUCGACGAAUGAGACCAAAACCAUUACUAUUGGUUUCCUAGCGCCCGAUGAUACCACUGUAUAUCGUCUGGUACGUUUUAACGGUGGCGCCAUGACCGUAGCGGUACGUGAUGUUAAUAGGAACCCAGACCUGCUGCCGGGAUAUGAGCUUAAGUUUCGCUAUAUGGAUACACACGGCAACGAGGAGGGUUCUAUACGUGCUUUAACGGACUUAUGGCGGAAUGGAAAUGUUGCUUUCAUAGGUCCUGGUCUAACCUGCACAACGGAGGCUAAAGUAUCCGCUGCUUUGAAUCUACCCAUGAUCUCUUACUUUUGCAAAGAACCGGCGGUGAGUGACAAGGAGAAUUACCGGACCUUCGCCCGUACUGUCCCAACGACUGAGAAGGUAGCUGAAUCUGUGUUGGCACUUCUUGAUCAAUUUGACUGGAAAGUCAUAAGCGUUGUGGCAGCUAGAGACCCUCAAUUCUCCCGGGUCAUGACCAGGCUUGAGAAGUUUUUGCCAUUACAUGGUGUCAGGGUGCAGCACGCCCUCUCAUACGAAAACCCGUACUAUCCGAUGUACCCUAUCAAAGACAACCGCCUCAAAGAUAUCAUUGACCAAUCCUUCGCCGACACAAGAAUUUAUGUUUUUAUACCGGCUGAGCCCUACGAACUACACGCAUUCCUUGAGGACCUUGGUGAAAAGGGUCUUCUUAAUGACGGAAAGUACUUUGUCGUCGCCAUCUUCUUCAAGAUCUUUGACGAGACAUUUCGAGAAGGAUUGAUAAGAGGUUUCGACUAUCCAGCCGAAAAUAUCACCCAGCGUAUCCAGUACUUACACAAUGUCAUAAUGCUCUUCUACACAAGCGUGAUGAGUCCAGACUACAAUGAAUUCAAGAUCGAGGCAAAGGAAUAUCUUUCUCUACCACCUUUUAAUUUCAACUCUACACUCCUUGAGGGGGAGGGAUUUCAUAUCGAGAUAACUGAGGAUGCAGCAUACAUUUACGAUGCAGUGAUGCUUUACGCCAACGCUCUCAAUCAAACACUCAGUGAGGGAGGAAAUAUAACUAAUGGAGCAGAUAUCAUAGACAACAUCCUAGGAAAACCAUAUCAAAAUUCACUUGAAAAGUCUGUCACUUUUUAA